CGUCGUUUUGCAAUGUCAGUAAAUAUCAGCGUUCGUUCAGAAAUGUAUAUCAAAGUGCUUCUAUUUUCUUUUUGUUUAUCUGUUGCAUUUUCUAAAGACACAUCAUACUUGGAAAUUCUGAAUGGCGUGCGGUCGAAAAUAUCCCACGUACCGAAGUGGCGAAGUGAGAGCAGUGAGGUGUCCCAGAUUUUCACCCAGAUCGGGAAUCUGUUUACUCUCGAUUCUGUCGAUGUAUUAUUGAAUGAAAUUGGGGAAAAUAUUGGAACAGAAGACAAUAUCACACGCUGUAUCGAUGAUUUAACAACAGUCUUGAACUCCAUCAGGAAAAGAGAGACAUGGAGCCUUCAGGUUCUAGAUUCCUUUGGCAAGAUUCAACCUGGAAUACUUAUGGCAAACUUUCACAGUCCAGGAUUUUAUGAUGAAUGUAAAAAUGUUGGAGAGCAGAUUCCACAAAAUGUGACAUUCAUCAGCCAGUAUUGUUCCCUCAAUGUCCCAACAACAAUGGGUGGUGCACAAUUUCCAUUUUCAUUUGGGCUUUGUAUGUCAGAGAGUUGUUCAGAAAGAGAUCUGGACAUGUUGAUCUAUUUAGCCAUGGACUUACUUUCCUUGAAUAUUUCUAUCCAACCUUAUGUGACCUGUCAGAAAAAUCAUUUAGAGUUUGAUUUCAAAGCUGUGGCAGCAAUGGUAUUUGCUGGGUUCUUUCUUCUCUUGAUUAUUAUUUCAACCUUACUGGACAUUUUGUCCUCAUGGAUGGCCAACAAUAAAAUUUUUGAGACCAAAUCAACCAGUGCCAAUGGAGAAGUGCUUCACUAUGCUCACAGGAUUGGCACAGAAGAGACUCCACUCUUAGGUUCACCAACAACUGAGCUUGCUAAAGUCAAUCCAAUGUCAGGAUGUUUAAUGAAGUUUUUCUUGGCAUUUUCUGUGUACUCCAAUGGGAAGAAACUUCUAAGUACAAAGAAGACUGCAAGCACCUUGGGUGCCGUUAAUGGAGUGCGGUUUUUCAGCAUGUCCUGGGUCAUACUGGGUCAUACUCUGGCAUUUGGUCUUGGAAUGGUUUCAAAUCUUGGAUAUAUUGUACCAAUCCUUUUGAAGAGAAGGUCAUAUCAUGUCAUCAUCAAUGCUUUGGUGUCAGUGGAUUCAUUCUUUUUACUCAGUGGACUCUUAGUUUCAUAUUUACUUCUGAAAGAACUUAGAAGAAAUGAAGGAAAGAAAAUCAACUGGAUUGCUUUCAUUGCCAAAUUUUACUUUCAUCGAUACUGGAGGUUAACACCUCCCUUGAUGCUUCUUAUGUUUGUGUAUGUGCCCCUUUUCCGGUAUGUAUCAGAUGGUCCAUUUUGGCCCCAGAAUGGAGUGGAGCCAGGGCAAUGCAAUAAGACAUGGUGGCAUACCAUGCUCUACAUCAAUAAUUUUUAUGAUGAGGAAUGUAUGGCAUGGACCUGGUAUUUAGCCAAUGAUAUGCAGUUUUUUAUACUUAGUCCAUUUAUCAUCAUACCUUUGUACUACUCUAAAUGGAUUGGCGGGAUGAUAGGAACCUCACUCCUGUUUGCUAGCUGGGUUGCCACAGGAAUUAUUUCUAAUUACUACAAAUUACCAGCUUCCAUGCUUGAGCAGUUAACUCACCCACAGUCAAUGCAGAGUGACUACUUCAAUAUAUACUACGUCAAACCAUACUGCAGGAUAGGUCCGUACAUCAUAGGAAUAUGGUUUGGCUAUUUCUUGUACAAAACAGACUGCAAACUGAAGAUAAACAAGGUGCUAAAUUUAUUUAUUUGGAUGGUAGCUGCUACACUAGCCUGUCUCGUAGUGUAUGGGUUAUAUGAUGAGCUCAAUGGUUAUGUACACAUGUCACAAAGUGUAAAAGAUCUGUAUAACACCACACAUCGUACUGUAUGGGGGGCCUGUGUAGGCUGGGUGAUAUUUGCUUGUGCUACUGGAAAUGGAGGAUUUAUCAACACAUUUUUGUCCUGGAGUUUGUUCACACCUUUGGCUCGUCUGACAUAUUUUGCAUAUCUGGUACAUCCAAUCCUUUUGGUGGGAUAUUACAGCAGUCUCAGGUCUACAUUUUACUUGGAUGAUGCUACCCUGGCUGUUCAAUUUGUGGGGAUGUUGGUAUUAACCUACAUGGCAGCCUUUAUCCUGUCCUUGGCAUUUGAGGCUCCAAUGCUUGGUCUGGAAAAAAUCAUAUUUAAUCGAGGUUCACCACAAGAGGAGAAAACAGCAACGUCUGAUUCUAAACACAAGGAAUGAUAAUGGCACCUCCAUUAAAGUGUGCAGAAGUGGCAGAGAGUACAAGUUGUGCAUAGGCAACCUCUUUUACAUCAUCAUUAAAUUACCCGGUAACCUGAUUUUUCCACAUGCCAAAUUCCAAUAAUUUUUGAAAUUGUCCUCCAAAUACUUUAAAAUCAAUCAGUAGUAUGUAAUUUUUUUUAAUAAUUCCUCUACUAGUUUUUGUACAUAUAGUUCUACUUUCUUGUACCAUUGGACUAUUUCUUUGUGUGUAUAUUUCAUUUAGUCAUGU